AUGAGCGGCUUCGACUUCAAUCAUCAUAAUCCACGGGCACGAGCCUUCACCCUGGAUGGGGCCGCCCCCAAGUCCACGGAUGUCCAGCGAGUCUCCGCGAUCCCUGGCAGCGAGGACGCUGGCGAAGAGGACGAUUAUUCGGCUUCGGCGUGCGCCAUAAUCCAGAGGCGAAAUUCAUCGCGACGGCACAGCCGUCGAAAGCGCCGUCCCUCCUCGCCCUUCAGCCCGGACGUCGAAGACCCUCACCGGCGGCGCUCGUCCGCCUACACCUCCAGUUCCGGCGACACCGCCAUAUCGAUUGAAGACAGCGGCGGCGGUAUCGAGGAGCAGCAGAUCUUCGAGAACCUGAAACUGCAUAAGGAGGUGCUGAGUGGCGUUAAACAGCAGCCUUGGCCGCUCAGGAAGAAGCUGAAACUCGUGCGCCAGGCGAAGGCGUACGUGAGGAAGCACGAAGGUGCACUGCAGGAGAGACUCGCGCAGACGCGCAGCACCCGGGACGCGAUCGCCCGGGCGUCGAUACUCCUCAACAAGAAUUGGCAGUAUUUCAAACGAGAGAUAAUCAACCUAAAGACGUUUCUGGUACCUUGGGAGCGACGCAUAAAGCAAAUCGAAUCUCAAUUCGGUUCAGCUGUUGCAUCGUAUUUUAUUUUUCUUCGGUGGCUUUUUUGGAUCAACCUUGUCAUUUCAGCAACACUGGUUACCUUCGUUGCUAUACCGGAGUUAUUGGCUACAUUGCAAAAUGCAACCAUUGCCGGUGAACGGAAAACCAUGUUACCAGAAGAGCAGGUAAAAUCCAACCAUCUGCUCACACUGUGGGAGUUCGAAGGAAAUCUCAAGUAUUCGCCAUUUUUCUACGGCUGGUAUGCGAAUCAACAUACCUACAAAGCAUACAAACUUCCUCUGGCUUAUUUCGUCGUCAACCUAGUCGUGUACACCUACAGCUUCGUAGUGAUUUUACGGAAAAUGGCGAAAAAUUCACGCAUGAGCAAACUUUCGGAGAAGGAGGACGAGUGCGCGUUUUCAUGGAAGCUCUUCACUGGCUGGGAUUUCAUGAUCGGCAAUGCUGAGACAGCCAACAACCGCAUAGGGAGUAUCGUCCUGGGCUUGAAGGAAGCUCUUCUUGAAGAAUCGGAAAAGCACCGAGAUGAACGAAACUGGAAAAUCAUAAGCAUACGGAUUUUCGUAAAUCUAUUGGUUAUGGGAAUGCUGGCGAUUUCGGCUUACGCGGUUGUGGAAGUCGUUGAGCGAAGCGAGAACAUCGAAGAUACAAAUAGGAACUGGUGGCGUCAGAAUGAAAUCACCGUCGUCAUGACUCUCAUUUCCUACAGCUUCCCCAUAUUAUUUGAGGUUCUCGGUAUCAUUGAAAGUCAUCAUCCACGGAAGCAGUUACGACUGCAGCUCGGACGCAUAAUGAUUUUGAAUCUACUCAAUAUGUAUUCUUUAAUAUAUGCUCUCUUCAAAAAAAUCAAUUCAUCGGAUGAGAAAUUGCAAGGUUUGAAGCCAAUAGACUCGGCGAGUGAAAUGAGUUGUUUCGAUAAACUCGUGCCAUGCGCAUCUUCAAUUGUAGCAAUGAGUCUUGUUUUACAUUCCAACUUAUCAUCUACGUUUAAAUUAAAAGAAAAUGUAGGAUUAUCGCCGAAAUCAUACGCUAGCGCUGAGAUUACAAAUCACACUUUUGUAAUGGAUGACGAGUUUCUUCAUUCUUCGUACGAAGAGAUUCCACUUGACAAAAACGUUAACGCAAGUGGAAUUUUCGACGAAUGGACCACAAAAGCUGAAGAAAGCGAUGAGAAUUUUUCAACUCUAAUCGAUCCCUCGGACUAUGGCUCAUCGAAUUUCACUACAGAAAAUAUUACCGAAGCAUUUGACUCGAUAGAGACUAGCUCAUCGAAUUCAUUAAAAGUACGGAGUUCAAUAAGGGAAUUUGACGAAAAUGCCAUAAACAUAAACGAAAACAAAAUUUUCUUUGAAGACGAUUAUCCACAUAUUAAUUACAAUGAUUAUGGCUUUCUGGAAUUGGAUAACACUACAGUUGAUUAUUUUCAAGACAGUCCAUCGCCAAGUCCUGGAUAUUCAACUGACAGUGUCGAAUCGAGUUUUUCUAGAUCUACCUUCACAACCUCAAUUGUUAAUCCAAAUAUUCCGACGAAUAUUCCAACAAAUUCUUGUUCAGAAUUAACGCAAAUCUUACGAUGUUACGAGCGCAUUUGCGAGAUGAAAACUAUUACGUCGGAUAAUAAUUUUUCAGUGUCGACAACGUCAUUGGACAUAAAGACUCGGCGACUACUUCGUGGACUUUGUUGGGAGACGAUGUUCGGCCAGGAGAUCGCUAAAUUGACAAUGAUGGACCUGGUGCUCACGGUAUUCUCGACGAUGGGUAUGGACUUUUUUCGCGCGAUCUUCGUGCGCUACAUGAAUAACUGCUGGUGCUGGGACCUUGAGAAACAGUUUCCGCAAUAUGGCGAUUUCAAGAUAGCCGAGAAUAUCUUGCAUCUGGUCAAUAAUCAGGGCAUGGUGUGGAUGGGCAUAUUCUUCAGUCCUGGUUUAAUUGUUCUUAACGUUAUCAAGCUCAUCAUUCUCAUGUAUUUACGAUCUUGGACUGUACUCACGUGCAAUGUACCACACGAAAUUGUCUUCAGAGCCUCCAGAUCAAACAACUUCUACUUGGCGUUGUUACUGACGAUGCUAUUUUUAUGCGUAUUGCCGGUGGGAUACGCGAUCGUCUGGGUUGAACCAUCCUGGCAUUGCGGACCAUUUUCCGGUUACAAAAGAAUUUACCACUUGGCCACCACGAGCCUAAGGAAUGCCUUGCCAAGCUACAUCCACGAGUACAGAGUUUUAGAUUAUAUAGCUUCGCCUGGUAUCGUCAUCCCUUUGAUAGUCCUCAUGGCUUUAAUAAUCUAUUACAUGGUUUCAUUAACGAAUUCACUUAGAGAAUCCAACAACGAUUUGAAGAUUCAGUUGAGACAAGAGCGUACGGAAGAAAGACGUAAAAUGUUUCGAAUCGUCGAAAGAAGAUUCGACGCCCAUGAAACUCCAUUUGCAAGAUGGAAGAAAAUUUUACCAGGAAUAGGAACUAAUAAAUUAGCCGAUGUUAUUCUAGAAAAAGUGGGAAUCGCGGAGAUGGAGGGCAGGGAGCUGAAACGGCAAUCCGGAGGCUCGGAGAACGGCGAAUUGACGGAGGCCGAACAGGAAUCCUUACCCCACGACCCACCAGCCCCGGUGGAGUUGAAUGAGUGUGAGGAUCUAAUGCCCCGAGUACGCGAGAGGAUUAACGAGGAACCGACAAGUCCCACCAUAAAAAGCGGCAACGAGCGAUUGCCUUCGUGUUGAGGAUGGAAAUAAU